AGGGCGAAUCUCUGUGCAGUAAUUCCAUCUUCUUCGAGAAACUAACUACAAAAUCUAAAACAAAAAAGCAAUCAAUUUCGUUCCACAGGCCACAGGGGAUAGCUGAUUCAGGAAAUGGCAGACCGUUUCUUUCCGAACGAAAUGCCUAAUUUCAUCCCAGAAACCGCAGCGGCAGAAAAGCUAGCGGAAAAAGCUCAAGACUCACUCACUAAGCUUCUACAUCUUCCUUACAAGAACGUCGCGGAGAAAAUACAAAAAUCUGCUUUGGUGCUUAAAGAAAAGAUUGUGGAGGAGACGUGGGUAGCUAAGGGGAAACGCGUGAGUGACUAUUCACUGUACACUGGGGCUCUGGGCACUGCUUUCUUGUUGUUUAAAGCUUACCAAGUUAGCAAAGACGGGAAUGAUCUUGCUUUGUGCUCUGAGAUAAUCAGUGCUUGUGAUCUUGCUUCUCGCGGUUCUGGGCGGGUCACAUUCAUAUGUGGGCAGGCGGGUGUAUGUGCCCUUGGUUCAGUUGUGGCAAUGCGCAUUGGCAAUGAGCGGUUAUGUGACCAUUACUUGGCACAAUUUAAGGAGAUUAAACUUCCCAAAGAUAUUCCAGAUGAAUUGCUUUAUGGGAGAGUAGGUUAUUUGUGGGCGUGUUCAUUUAUAAACAAAAAUAUUGGUCAAGGUACAAUAAGUUCAUCCAAAAUGCGAGCAGUAGUGGAUGAUGUUAUAAGAUCUGGCCGUAAAAUGGCGAAAGGGAGAUGCCCUUUGAUGUAUGAGUGGCAUGGGAAAAAAUACUGGGGGGCGGCCCAUGGUCUAGCUGGUAUUAUGCAUGUAUUGAUGGACGUGGAACUGAAACCGGAUGAGGUGGAGGAUAUCAAGUGCACCCUGCGUUUUAUGAUCAGGAACCGCUUUCCAAGCGGGAAUUACCGCUCAAGUGAAGGAAGUGAAUCAGAUCGUCUUGUGCAUUGGUGCCAUGGUGCUCCUGGCCUUGCUCUUACUCUUACAAAGGCAGCAAAGGUUUUUAACAGUGAGGAGUUUCUUCAAGCAGCUGUAGAUGCAGCUGAGGUGGUCUGGAAUCGGGGACUACUAAAACGAGUUGGUAUUUGUCACGGUAUCAGUGGGAACUCGUAUGUAUUUCUUGCACUUCACCGUUUAACAGGUAACAUGAAAUACUUGUACCGGGCAAAGGCAUUUGCUUGCUUUCUGCACAAUAGAGCUCAAACUCUUAUAUCAGAGGGAAUUAUGCAUGGCGGUGAUCGUCCAUACUCACUAUUCGAAGGCAUUGGGGGUAUGGCUUAUCUCUUUCUGGACAUGACAGAACCGCUUGACACAAGGUUCCCUGCUUAUGAACUUUAGUUCUAUGCAAAAUAUAAUGAAGUGUUUAUACUUGAUAUGACUGUCUUGUUAUCUAUUAGUGUCCCGAAAUGAUGUGAUGUUUAGUUUGUGUUUGUAAAUGAGACAGUUGAGGUUUUAGUGCACUUUUCGGCAACUGAUAUUUGUCUUUCUCAAA